UCGUUCUCUUCUCCGCUCUUCCUCCUUCCGGCUCUCUGGUCCUCUCAGCUGCCGCGAAAAAUCUUCGGCGACGAUGAGUAGGAAAGAGCAUACGAGACAAUGAUAGGGUAAUCAUGGGGAUCAUCAUCAAUCAUAGACAAAUGAUCCGAGCUUCCGAUUAGAGAGAGAGAGAGAACAGUACGAAUUAACGAAACUAGUUAAACAAGGGAAAUGGGGAGAUGGAAAGCUUGCCUUACUCUUAAAGACGUAAUAACAAGAUCUCCAUCUGUUUCCCAUCUCUCUCCUAUGCCCCUCAAAGUGCCUCAAAUAUUACCCGCUUCGAGAAAAGGAAUUCAACGGCUUGGGUUCAGAUUUCUAUCUUCUGCAAUUCCAUCCCCAAGCAAUUUUUAUGACAAUGAAUUUAUUGGUGGGAAUCUCGAUUUUGGCCAGAAGAAGUACACCCUAGAACCUAAGGAAGAGGAGGAGGUCGGAAACAUUCCUGUCAAAGCGUACUUUCUCUCUACCAGUAUCGAUUUGAGGAGCAUGCAGGCCGAGAAUGCAAGCAAUGUUGUUCCUCCUACUUCUCGUUCUUCGAAUUACAUCGCCCUCAAAUAUUGCAAUUUUCCUCAAAAAGUUACUGGUGUUGGAAUUGAAGAAAAGGAAAGCUAUUGCUGCUACAUGGUAGUCUUCCAAUAUGGAUCUGCUGUCUUGUUUAACAUAUCAGAUGAUGAAGCAGAGAGUUACCUAGAAAUUGUUAGAAGGCAUGCAUCUGGGCUGCUCCCAGAGAUGAGAAAGGAUGAUUAUGCUGUUAAAGAGAAGCCAUUUUUGGCAGAGGAUAUGCAAGGUGGACCAGACUAUAUUGUUCUUAAAAAUCUAGAUACAGAUGGGAUACGCAUUAUUGGAAGUGUUCUUGGCCAAAGCAUUGCUCUUGAUUAUUUUGUUUCGCAGGUUGAUGGUAUGGUUGAACAAUUCACAGAUAUAAAUCGUGGUAUGGAGAAGACUGGAAGCUUCACAAUGGAUAGGAAGAAGCUAUUUCAACUUGUAGGAAAGGCAAAUUCAAAUCUUGCUGAUGUGAUUCUGAAAGUUGGUCUCUUUGAAAGAUCAGAAAUUGCUUGGAGAGAUGCAAAAUAUGCUCAAAUAUUGGAGUACCUUCGAGAGGAGUAUGAGGUCUCACAGCGUUUUGGGAACCUCAAUUUCAAAUUAAAGUUUGUUGAGCAUAAUAUCCAUUUUCUUCAAGAAGUUCUUCAAAAUCGAAGAUCGGAUCUCCUGGAAUGGUGCAUCAUCGUCUUGUUGAGUAUAGAGAAUGUAAUAUCAUUAUAUGAAAUUAUCCAUGAUACAACUGUAGUUUCUGUUUGAUCAUCAACAAAGUGAAAAAUGAUUUUUUUUUGCA